AUGUUUAACAAAUAUACACUUAAAUCCCCUUGUUCAAACUUUGGAACCUCCCAUAUUUUUAAUCAUAUCACUACUAUUCCUUCUUUCGCGACUACUGAAUCAUUUAUUGUCCAAGGACAAACGUUAAAUGAUCAAAAUAUCACGUCAAUUAACUCUUAUGAAUCUUCUUUUAGAACUACUGAAGCAUUUAUUAACCAUGAACCAACACCAACUAUCACAUCAAUUAAUCCUUAUGAAGAAUUUCAAUCUUCUUACUCAAACUUCGGAACCCUACAUAUUUAUAAUCGUAUCAUUACUACUCCUUUCGAAGCUAUCGAGGCAUUUAUUGACCAAGGAUCAACGUUAGAGAAUCAAAAUACCACAUCAAUUAACUCUUAUAAUCCUCUUUUUCCAACUAUCGAAGCAUUUAUUGACCAAGAACCAACACAAAAUAAUCAAAAUAUCACACCAAUUAACCCUUAUGAAAACUAUUAUUGA